CCUGACUGACCCUUUUUCUUUCUCUCUCCGACAAACAAUAAGAGAGAGGGUCAUGCAGACGGCUGGCCUCCACUGCUGCAUUGCUUCCUCUGUGCGCAUCAUGAAACACCGCUGACCGCCCUGCUACGCCGUCGUUUCUAUCCUGCAGGACUGCAAUUUUGGUCGUCGUCAUGGCGCGCGUCCCCGUUAUUGGACGCCUGUUCUGGUUCGAGUACUUGGCUCUGUUUGGAUCGCUGAUUUUGGUGCUUCUGGAAUGGGUCAUUCACAUCAUUACCUUCUGCCUGCCUGAACCGAUUAUUCGCUUCUGUUACGAUCGGUCCAAGAACAUCUUCAACCUCUUCAUCUCGCCUGAGGAUCUGGGCAAGCGCGGGAAGGAAGAGCAGGUUGCGGCGGCAGUUGCGCAGGCGUCGGACUUUACGGAUAUUUGCGCGUUGUUCGGGUAUGAGGCUGAGGAACACAUCGUCCAGACGGGGGAUGGCUAUCUGCUGGGGUUGCAUCGGUUGCCCAAUCGAAAGGGCGAGGAGGGGCAGACGGUGAACCAAGGCGAGAAGAGCAUCAAGAAGAAGGUCGUCUAUCUCCACCACGGCCUGAUGAUGUGCAGUGAGGUCUGGGUCUGUCUGUCGGAGGAGCAGCGGUGUCUGCCCUUCCAAUUGGUGGAACGGGGCUAUGACGUGUGGCUGGGAAACAAUCGAGGGAACAAGUACUCGAAAAAGUCCAUUAAGCACUCGCCGCUGUCGCACGAAUUUUGGGAUUUCUCGAUCGACCAGUUCUCGUUUCAUGAUAUCCCCGACAGUAUCAAGUAUAUCCUCGAAGUGACUGGGCAGCCGUCGUUGUCCUAUGUGGGGUUCUCCCAGGGGACGGCACAGGCCUUUGCGACGCUCUCCAUCCAUCCUUUGCUGAACCAGAAGAUCGAUGUCUUUGUGGCCCUCGCGCCGGCUAUGGCCCCCACCGGUCUACCGAAUCACCUCGUGGAUUCGCUCAUGAAGGCCUCGCCGAACUUCCUGUUUCUGCUUUUCGGCAGACGCAGCAUACUUAGCUCGACCACGAUGUGGCAGACGAUUCUCUACCCCCCGAUCUUUGUGCGGAUUAUUGACACGUCACUUCGGCUUCUGUUCAACUGGCGGUGCAAGAACAUCAGCCGCUGGCAGAAGCUGGCAGGGUACCUGCAUCUGUUUUCCUUCACCAGCACCAAGUCGGUGGUCCAUUGGUUCCAGAUCAUUCGACACCGAAACUUCCAAUUCUACGAUGACGAGAUCCACGCACCGCUGAGCAUUGUGGCGAGCGAGCGAUUCUACAAGCCGGUCAAGUACCCGACCAAGAACAUCAAGACCCCGAUCGUGCUGCUGUAUGGCGGCAGCGACAGCCUAGUCGAUAUCAAUGUGAUGCUGUCCGAGCUCCCUCGCGGGACCGUGGCGAAAAAGAUCCCUCAGUACGAGCAUCUAGAUUUCCUCUGGGCACAUGAUGUAGACCAAUUGGUAUUUAGCCAUGUUUUUGGGGCGCUCGAGCAGUACAGUCCCCGGCGCGAAGACCAGACUGUCAGUGAACAAGUCAAUGGCGUCAAAACACCUGUACUGGCGUGAGGCAUCCCAACCCCACCCACCCUACCCUGUUGGAUAGAUACCCCUCGAGACAUGUAUCACAACCACACAUGUAAUUUCCAUAUAUCCUGCAUGAAGAUCCUAACGAGAGAGAUGCCCCCCCCCCCCGAGAUCAUUUAAUAAUUUCGCCUUGUGCUGUACAUUUGUUUGCUUUCCACGCGGAAGUUAUCUUUGAUAGCAUUUUGAUUCAUCGAUGGGAUGUUUUUUCCAGUACAGCACAUUAUAUCAAAGCCUGCUAUAGCCUUGACACCCACCCACCAGCCAAUAUUAAU